AGAAAUCUCGCAAACAAGCGCCAAUUCAACACCAGCAAAGGCGACCACCGAGACCACUAUCCGCCAUGGGUCGCGACAAGGAGCGUUCCAUCAACCCAGCGCAACAACAGCGUAAGCUGGAAAAACAGAAACAAUUGAAGAAAAGCCGCGCGGAACUACAAGCGAAGCGAAACGAGAAACUCGCCCGGCGCAACCCUGACCGACUCGAGCGGCAAAUCCAAGACCUCAAAGCGCUCGAAGCCUCAGGAGACAUCAAAGCACGGGAAAAGGCCAUUUUGGAAGAACUCGAACGAGAUCUCAAAGCCGUCCGCAAGGCGAGGGAGACGCUGGGCGACAAUGCACCUAAAUUUGGGAACUCACGAUCAAGAGAAGGAGAAAACAACAACCACGUCUUGGGCAAGCGAAGGCAUGAUGGUGAGCGCAAGUUCCCACAUCGUCGUCGCGAGUCGCCUGGUAGUGACACAGACGAUUCCGUGAGACGCAUCCCCAUGCCCGAAGACACACCUCCACCGAUACCUCGAGAAUUCCGCCGGCACAACAACAAUAAUAAUCAUAAUCAUAAUCAAUACGGAUCACACCAAGACCCAUCGCAGCAGGGUCUGGAACAACAAGAUAACCACCAUCGUAAUCUUCCUUCAAAACCCGCACCUGUCAUUGAAUCCAAGACCACCUACUCGAGCGCACCCCAGCUACGAGACUUGAAGAAAGAGGCUGUCAGUCGCUUUGUUCCUGAUGUCGUUCGUCGGAAACAGGACGCCGUCAAGGGCGGACCCUCAGGACGUCUAUUAGAGCCUGAAGAACUCGAUCGACUAGAAGCAGAAGGAUAUAAAAACUCUCAGCAACCACGUUCACCGCCACAUCAGCAUCAACCUGAAGCCCCUCAACCGCAGGUCGAUCACAACACUACCAUUUCCCCCCUUGACCAAAUUCAAGCCAAACGACUCGCCGAAGAAGAACGCCGAUUCCUGGAAGAACUCGCAAAGCAGGACGAAGGCGAUGAUGACUCGGUGGCUCAGGCUCGCGACGAGCCCAGUUCACCUCCUCCAGCCAGACAUGGCAGACACGUGCAAAUCGAAGAAGUCGAAGACCAGGAUGCCUGAACCGUCUGUCGAAGCCGCACGAAUCUUUCAAUUGAUCAAUGAUUGGCCUGCCUGGCCUACCAUCCCGGGCUGUCAAACCUCUUGUUAUUUCUGUGCCGCUAGCCUCUUUGGCUGUGACAUCCGAUCUCUAUUCAGGGGGUAGGCGACUCGAGAACUGUUUCUGUAACAGAGGAAAUGGCUUUAGUUGAUGAGCUAGGUAGGUACCUAUAGACUGCCAGCUUUGUAACAGUGCGUUGAUAACAUACGCUGAUGGCGCCCAAAGACUUUGUUCACCAAUGCGUGUCUCAGAUACAUCCUAACCAAACAUUCCAGAUAACCAUCCUUUCUCAACGCCGCCUAUGCUGUCAAAGUACCCUCGCUGGUGUCCCGAGGACCUCUUCGCCAUGCUAUGCUCGCUGAAUAAACUCGACAACUGGGUAGGAGUAGACUUGCAGAGGACUCGUCCUCUAGCUACCGAGAGACGUUGCAAAUCCGGCUCAUUCCUCCCACCCGAUUUUUUCAGUCCCAUCACACAUGUCAUCAUUAUAUCCCAACAGUGUGACCGUUAGUGGUGACUCGAAUCCAGAUUUUUGUGAACAUCUGUGUCAAAGCGCUCUCCAUCAUGCGUCGCGCCCACCCACGCUCCCAUCUUGUCAAAUUCACCAUCACCGAAUGUUACGGAUCGCUCUGACAUCGCGUUUGAGGAAAGGACUGGGCAUAUCGUCGCCAUGUUUCUCAGGAUCCCACACCGGUACAUCAAAUGAGUCUUUCUCCCGGUCAUUGAUCUCCGAGAAUGGUUUGCUCACCACCUGCCUUCCUCCUGCUCGAGCUUGAGCGAGCUCGACAAGAGUCCGGCCGCCCACUCCGCCAUUACCCGCCAGCUCCUUCGAGC